CCCUCCCGUCUAGUUAUGUGAAUUGCGGUGUAAAGGGCGAUAGGACCCCUAAUAUUCCGGGAAGGGAGGUUAGUGAUCGUUGGUUAACAAACGCCACGGCUUUAAUUCUUUUCUUAUUCUAUGAUCAUGAUUAACACCCAAAACGGAAACUGGCCGGAAUCCACCCUGCACCUGCUUGCUCUGUAACGAAGCCAUUGUCGAGUGGAAGAAGAGACGCGGCGGCGGAAAUGGAAGGACUGGAAGGCCUCAUAGACAGGCUAAUGGAAGGAAGGAAGAACAAAGGCAAGAAGAUUCAGCUAAUCGAACCAGAAAUCCGGCAGCUCUGCACCACCGUCAAGCAAGUCUUCCUCAGCCAGCCCAACCUCUUACAAUUGGGAGCUCCGAUCAACGUUUGUGGUGAUAUCCAUGGGCAAUACCCGGAUCUUCUCCGGCUGUUUGAGAUGGGCGGGUUUCCACCGGAGGCCAGCUACCUGUUCCUCGGAGACUAUGUGGACAGAGGAAAACAGAGCAUCGAAACCAUAACCCUUCUCUUCGCGUACAAAAUCAAAUUCCCGGACAAAUUUUUCCUGCUCCGAGGCAACCACGAAUGCGCUUCGAUCAACCGGAUCUACGGAUUUUACGACGAGUGCAAACGGAGAUUCAGCGUCCGGCUAUGGAAAAUCUUCACAGAUUGCUUCAAUUGCCUGCCGGUAGCGGCGGUGAUAGACGACAAGAUCCUCUGUAUGCACGGCGGACUUUCCCCGGAAAUGCAGAGCUUAGAGGAGGUGGGAGAUAUAGAGAGACCUAUCGACGUGCCGGACCAGGGGCUUCUCUGCGAUCUUCUAUGGGCGGAUCCCGACAGAGAAAUCAGAGGUUGGGGCGAGAAUGACCGGGGAGUUUCCUUCACGUUCGGCGCCGAUAAGGUCACCGAUUUCUUGAAGAAACACGAUCUCGACCUAAUUUGCCGCGCUCAUCAGGUGGUUGAGGAUGGGUAUGAGUUUUUUGCAGACAGGCAAUUGGUAACGAUAUUUUCGGCGCCGAAUUAUUGCGGAGAGUUCGAUAACGCCGGAGCUUUCAUGACCGUCGACUCCAGCUUGCUAUGCUCGUUUCAAAUCAUCAAGCCCUCCAAAUAAUGAACCCGAACCAGUAGUAGUUCAUGAGUUUUUUCUCUUUUUUCCUUCCGAAAACAGCCCAAUUACUCGAUUUGAUCCGAUCCGAUCCAAAUCCAAUCCCGGGAUUUGUAUAUAGCCACGGACUUCGACUCUGGGAUGUAUAUACAUGGAACCUUGCAAUUAAUAAAACUAGAACACAGACAGUCAGAUUAAUUAAA